GAGUGAGAACAUUUUGUUGGCAUCGAGUUUGAAAGUUUUCAAAAAGAACUUCAAGAAAAGACAAAUCAAACUUAUCAUACCAUUACCAUUACCAAUACCAUCAUCCAAUUCAAAAUGAAUACCAACUUAUUCUUAAAUUCAAAACUUAUCAAUCGAAACCUUACCAAACCCAUCUCAAGGACUAGAACGUUCACUUCAUUAACCAAACCUCAAGCUUAUCAUUCUCAAUGUUUUGUAUCAAGACAAUCGAUUCAAAUCCCAUCAAAUCAUUCAAAAUUUAACAUUUUAUCAUCUCAUUCAACGGGAAUUCGAAAUUAUGCAGCUGAAGCCUCUAAAAAGUUUACCAGGUCUAAACCUCAUAUGAACAUUGGUACGAUUGGACAUGUAGAUCAUGGAAAAACGACAUUAACUGCUGCUAUUACAAAAUCACUUGCAGCUGCAAAUUCAAAUAACAAGUUUUUAGAUUAUUCUCAAAUUGAUAAAGCACCAGAAGAAAAAGCUAGAGGGAUUACGAUCUCAACUGCACAUGUAGAAUAUGAAACUGAGAAUCGUCAUUAUGCACACGUCGAUUGUCCUGGACACGCAGAUUACAUCAAAAACAUGAUCACAGGUGCAGCACAAAUGGAUGGAGCGAUCUUAUUAGUCUCAGCCACAGAUGGACAGAUGCCACAGACAAGAGAACAUUUAUUAUUAGCACGACAGAUGGGAAUUCAAAAAUUAGUAGUUUAUGUGAAUAAAGUAGAUCAAAUCGAUGAUCCAGAGAUGUUAGAAUUAGUUGAGAUGGAAAUGAGAGAUUUAUUAAGUAGUUAUGGAUUUGAUGGAGAAGUCACACCGAUCAUCAAAGGUUCAGCUCUCUGUGCACUUGAAGAUAAGAAUCCGGAAAUCGGAAUCAAUAGUAUUAAAGAAUUAAUGAAAGCUACAGAUGAUUGGUUAGAUCAACCUAUUCGAGAUUUAGAUAAACCAUUCUUAAUGCCAGUUGAAGAUGUCUUUUCGAUUCCUGGGCGUGGAACUGUAGUAACUGGUCGAGUUGAAAGAGGAACUGUGAUGAAAGGAACCGAAUUAGAAUUAUUAGGUUUAGGUAUGAAUCAAAAAGUGACUUUAACCGGGAUUGAAAUGUUUAAAAAAGAAUUAGAAAGAGGUGAAGCUGGUGAUAAUAUGGGAGCCCUUUUAAGAGGAUUAAAACGAGAACAAAUCAAACGAGGCAUGGUUUUAGCUUAUCCAGGUUCGAUCAAACCCGUCAAGAAAUUCUUGGCAAGUAUUUACGUCUUAACUAAAGAUGAAGGUGGUCGAUACACACCUUUUAUGAAUAACUAUCGACCUCAAUUGUUUUUGAGAACUAGUGAUGUGACCGUCAGUUUAACCUUUCCAGAAGAAGUUAGUAAUCGACAUGAAAAACAAGUCUUCCCAGGUGAGAAUGUAGAAAUGAUUGGUGAAUUGGUUCAUGAAGUGGCCAUUGAACUUGGUAGUCGAUUUACAAUUAGAGAAGGUGGUAAAACUGUUGGAACUGGUUUGGUUUCUAGAAUCUUUUAA